UCUUGAUUGUGAAAGCUGAGUCCUCCAUAGUAGAGCUAGGUACAAAAAUGGAGGGCAACACUAACAAGGAAAGAGGAGGAGUAGAAUGGAGAAUCAACAUGGGAGAUGGGACAUCGAGAGUUCUAGAAGCUGAGAGCAGGUUCGGAUUGCAGAGGUUCGUGUCCAAGGUGGGCGGCUUCUUUCAACGAGCAUGGAGGUUAGGAGUAAACGAGCCAAAGAAAUUGAUACAUUGUGUUAAGGUGGGGUUGGCUCUCUCUCUGGUUUCACUCUUCUAUUACAUGAGGCCCUUGUAUGAUGGAGUUGGUGGCAAUGCUAUGUGGGCUGUCAUGACUGUCGUCGUUGUCUUUGAGUAUACCGUUGGGGCUACUCUAUGUAAAUGUGUGAAUAGGGCAACUGGGACUUUCUUGGCUGGAGCAUUGGGUGUUGGUGUUCAUUGGGUUGCUAGCCAAUCUGGAGAAAGGUUUGAGCCCAUCAUUCUUCAACUCUCAGUCUUUCUUCUAGCUACUGCCGCCACAUUCUCGCGUUUCAUUCCAUCCAUAAAAGCUCGAUUCGACUAUGGGGCGAUGAUCUUCAUCCUCACCUUCAGCCUCAUAUCGGUGUCUGGCUACCGUGUAGAGAAGCUCUUUGAAAUGGCUCAUCACAGACUCUCCACCAUUGCCAUAGGCACCUCCAUCUGCAUCAUUACAACCAUUGUUUUUUGCCCUGUUUGGGCCGGGACCGAGCUCCAUAACCUCAUCAGGAACAACAUGGACAAGCUGUCUGAUUCCUUAGAUGGAUGUGUGGCAGACUAUUUCAGUACUAACAGUGAAACUUCAGACAAAACAUGGCAAGGCUACAAAUGCGCCCUUAAUUCUAAGGCCACCGAAGAAUCAUUGGCGAAUUUCGCUAGAUGGGAGCCGGCACAUGACAAGUUCAACUUCGGACAUCCAUGGUUGGAGUAUGUCAAGGUUGGAGCCUCACUCAGAAGCUGCGCUUACUGCAUCGAGGCGCUUAACGGGAGCAUGAACUCGGAGGCUAAGGUUCCUGAUGGCCUCAAGCAGCAUUUCGGCAACUUCUGUGUGAGACUUAGCAAUGCAUCCUCAGGUGUGAUGAGAGAAGUUGCUGUGGUGAUGAGCAGCAUGAAGAAACCAACAAGAAUAGAUUUCAUGGCGGAGGAGAUGAGGAAUGCGGUUGAAGAGCUCGAGAACGCCUUGAAAUCACUGUCGAAGCAGCCCAUCCUGGCGGCUGAGGGUGUGACUCUAGUAGAAGUGGCUCCAUUAGUGACAGUUUCGUCGCUGCUGAUAGAGAUUGCGGCAAGAACAGAAAAGCUUGCAGGGGCAGUGAAUGGAGUGGCGGAGAAGGCUGAAUUUGAGGUUGAGACUGCAGAGGAAGCCAAGAAAGGGCAGAGCUUGAAAGAGGGGACUAGGUUGAUGAUGAAGGAAGAAGAAGACAAGGCGAUGAAGACCCUUCAGAAGGUCUGAGUUUGUGAGAAAACAACCAAAUUAUGCUUUCUUUUAGUGAAGUUGGUUGCUUAUAGGCGAUGGCUAUGUACAGAGCACACAAGUUGUUCAACAAAAUUUGGUUAUAUUUUUGUUCAGGACAGAGGAAAAAAAAGGAAACUUAUUUUAAAAAUAUCA